UUAAUGUGUUUUGUAAGUAAUGAAUGAAUAGUUAUACACAUUAAUAUCAGCUUAUAUACAAGUAGCUGAUUUUCUAAGCUAUAGAAUUAACUAUAUACUUAUACAAGAAAGUUAGUUAUAACUAACUAUAUGCUGAGCUGGCAGCUAGUUACAAACAGAAUAACUAACUAUCUGAUAUCUUCAACAUAGGAAGGAUCAUCAAUUCAUCAUCUUGUCUGUUUCAAUUUGUUUACACUCCCUCCGUUCUACUUACUACUGCUGCUAUUUCAAAAGCAACCCCAACAACACUUUCUCUAUCCUCAAGUCUUUCUCCCACAAACUCACAUUCAAUAAUGGCGGUAGCAGAAUCAGGGCAACUCAACUUAGAAACUGUAUUUGGUGGUUCUAGAACCAUCGAUUCUUUUCAGAAGUUGCAACAAAUUGGUCAAGGCACUUACGCUCAAGUUUAUACGGCCAAAGAUAUUAUAACUGGAGAAAUUGUUGCUCUGAAGAAGAUAAGAAUGGAAAAUGAAAAGAACGGGUUUCCAAUUACUGCGUUACGUGAAAUCCGGAUUCUAAGUAAGCUGCAUCAUGAAAAUAUAAUCAAAUUAAAAGAGAUUCUGGCUUCUCCAGCUGAUGAUAACGAUGAAAAAGGUGGUUACUACAUGGUGUUUGAGUACAUGGAUCAUGAUUUAACUGGUCUUGCACGUCGUGUUGGGAAAUUUUCCGUUCCACAGACCAAGUGCUAUUUGAAGCAGCUUUUGACGGGACUCCACUAUUGUCAUGUAAACCAAGUAUUACAUCGUGAUAUAAAAGGUGCGAAUCUUCUUAUAGACAACAAGGGAACUUUGAAGCUUGCUGACUUUGGUCUUUCCCGCUAUUUUCCCAUUGAUGAGAAAGGAAAUCUUACCAACCGGGUCAUUACCCUAUGGUUUAGGCCUCCAGAGCUGCUGCUUGGCAGCACGAAAUAUGGUCCUGCUGUUGAUAUGUGGUCAGUUGGCUGUAUCUUUGCUGAGCUUCUUGACGGGAAAGCAUUGUUUCCUGGGAGAGAUGAGGCAGAGCAAAUAUAUAAGAUCUUUGAGCUGUGUGGAGCCCCAGAUGAGUCCUGCUGGCCUGGUGUUACGAAGCUACCGUGGUACGACAAUCUCAAGCCUAACAGGCCAAUGAAAAGGUGCCUGCGGGAACAUCUUAGACACCUCGAUCAUCAUGCUUUGGAUUUGCUGGAGAAUAUGCUGAUUCUUGAUCCUGCACAGAGGAUCUCUACGACCGAUGCACUUGAUUCUGAGUACUUUUGGACUGAGCCAGUGCCUUGUGAUCCUAAGAGUUUACCAAAAUAUGAAUCAUCACAUGAAUUCACGACUAAGAAAAGGCAUCAACAGCAACGACAGCAAGAGGAAGCAACCAAACGUCAGAAACUUCAGCGUUCACCAGUGCCUUGUGAUCCUAAGAGUUUACCAAAAUAUGAAUCAUCACAUGAAUUCACAACUAAGAAAAGGCAUCAACAGCAACGACAGCAAGAGGAAGCAACCAAACGUCAGAAACUUCAGCGUUCACCAGGAAGUCUUCCCUUGCCCAUUCUACCCAUUCAACAGUCUGGUCAAGCCCAAGCUCAGAGGCAGGCCGGACCUAAUUGGCCCAUGCAUGGUUCUCAAAUGCCUGUUCCUUCUGGGCCUGAGCCGCCUGACUAUCAUCACGGGAAGCCACGUGGACCUUCCAGACAUACUCUGAGAGGGAAUCACGGUGGAGGACGCAAUCGCCCCUACCGUGGAAGUCACAGUGGUGAGCGAGCCCGUGGCAGUGUCUCACACCUGCAACAUGGGCAGGGCCCAGCAUAUGGAUCAAGUGGCACAGCCGGUAUUGGCCCACGAGGUGGUGGAUUUGGUGGUCACGAAGGUGCCAAAAUCUACCAACAAGGUGGCCCUUAUGAUGGUUCAAGUGGCUUGCCUGGUAUGGGCCCACAAGGUGGUGCUUCUUAUGAUACUUCAGGUGGUUUGCCUGGUAUGGGCCCACCAGGUGGUGGUUCUAGUGGUCAUGGAACUGCCCGAGAUUUCCAACAAGGCGGUUCUUAUGAUGGUUCCAGGUCUGGCCGAGGGCAUAACUUAGACAUGAGGGGAACGAAACAUUAUCAGCAGCAUGGUCGGAAGCAUUAAUAUUACAGUUUCAAUUUGGGUCACAUUCCUUUUUGUUGUAGAAUGUAGAUAUACUACUGAGCUGUGACUAUAUCUGAUUACUGAUAUAUACUGAAACUUCAGGAGAUAGGCUUUUAUCU